GGGCGCCGUGCUAGCCGACUACGGCGAGCGAGAAAGCACAAAACUAAGGACGUAAUUACCCAACACAGACAGAGCUAGUGAUGGCUGCCACUCGUUACCGCCGCUUCCUAAAGUUGUGCGAGGAAUGGCCUCUGGACGAGACCAAGAAAGGCCGAGAUUUAGGAACGUUUCUGCGGCAGCGAGUAGCAGCCGCCUUUCGAGAGGGUGAAAACACGCAGAUCUCAGAUACAGAAAAGUGUGACCUAAUGUAUGAAAGCCUGGCAAGAAUGAAUACAAACACAUACCGACAAAGAUUUCCACGUGUGAAAGACACAAGCUUCACUGGGGUCACAGUUGAAGAGUGUAAAUUACUGUUGUCUGGCAGCGUGCAACAGACGGAGGAUGAAAAGAAGAGCUUGUGGAAAACAUUAACGGAGAGAUUUUCCUCCAAAUCAGACGAGGGUCCGGAGAAAGCGCCUGAAAAAUAACAUUUAAUGAUCUUGUUUUGUGGUUACAUGUACAGAAAUAAAAUGAUUAUUGCUAUCUGUAUGUACUCUGCGUAGUUUUCCACCCGGAGUCCACAUUACUCACCAAUGUAGAGAGAUGUGUUAUUAGACCUAUCAGGUUCAUUAGGUCUUCUAAGAAUGAUGUCAUUUUAUUUUCGGCUUGUUUCGGCAACAACUCUGGCCUUCCUCAGAGGUUGUCAUGUAAUGUUGAUGUGAUGUGUUUGGUCAGCUGAUUUUAAAAGUUUUUGGCAUGGUCUUCCUGCUUGACUGCAGGCUGACAGCUCCACCUGCAGUCAGUCUCAGGUGUGGGAACGUUGGUAAGCCCCGUCAUCCCGAAAAUGUCUUGUUGCUGAGGCUGGAGUCGAAGUCAAGUGCUUGCCCGAUAACACAUCUGAUUAAUUUAUCAAUCAGAAUGGCCGUUGACCCAUCAGGGUGGAAGGUGGCCAUAGUCUCUCCAGUUUAUAAACCAUGAGACAAAACAAUUAUGUCCAACUAUCGUCCCAGUAACAUCCUUCCUGUUGUGUCUAAGGUAGCAGAAAAAUGGAUUGGCAACUUGUUGAAUAAACAUCUCAGUCAUGGCCGUUCUCUUUGGGUUCUGCCAGUAUUACUCCACCAAAAACGGUAAAUUGCGUCUUUGUAGAAACGGUGAAGUCCUUGCUGGAUAAAACUACCUGUCUGUGUUUUUAGACUUAAAGAAAGCUUUUGAAUAAAAUUGACCAUCAAGCUC